ACGGUGGUGCUGUUUUUUUCAGUCGGUAGUGUAGCGAUCAAAGCUAACUAUAACAACCACAGCAACUGACGUGAAGCUAGAUCCAUAACAGACUUCCGAGAUGAUCCCAUCAGCAACUUGAAUCGCCAAUAUGUUGGCUGACAACUUUUCAAUGUUUCAGUGUUCAGUGAUCAGAAAACGACACCGCGGACGAAACAUUAGCUAAAACAACAGCAAGCUGAGUAGUAUGCUGGACGUGGGGAAGUGGCCAGUUUUUGCACUCCUUCCACCUGAGGAACUACGGCUUAUUCGGCAGGCUUGUGUCUUUGGCAGUGCUGCAAAUGAAGCCCUCUAUGUCACAGUUAAUGACGAGGUCUUUGCUCUGGGCACCAAUUGCAGCGGCUGUUUAGGGCUUGGAGACCUUCAAAGCACUAUUGAGCCACGCCGGAUUGAUGUCUUGUGUGGAAAGAAGAUUGUGUCCCUAAGCUAUGGAACAGGACCACAUGUGGUUAUCGCUACUGCAGAUGGAGAGGUCUUUGCGUGGGGCCACAAUGGUUACAGCCAGCUGGGAAAUGGGACCACCAACCAUGGACUGACCCCUGCCCUGGUCUCCACCAACCUCCUCAGCAAGAGGGUGACAGAGGUGGCCUGCGGCUCCCACCACACAAUUGCCCUUACAACUGAUGGGGAGGUGUAUGCGUGGGGUUACAACAACUCAGGCCAAGUCGGUUCAGGGUCAACUGCCAACCAGCCGACACCACGGCGGGUUAGCAGCUGCCUGCAGAACAAAGUGGUGGUUAACAUAGCCUGUGGUCAGCUCUGCUCUAUGGCUGUACUGGACAAUGGAGAGAUCUAUGGUUGGGGCUACAAUUGCAAUGGACAGCUAGGUUUGGGCAACAAUGGAAAUCAGCAGACUCCAUGCAGGAUCGCUGCUCUCCAAGGUGUCAACAUCACCCAGGUCGCCUGUGGAUAUGCACAUACAUUGGCGCUUACAGAUGAGGGAAUGGUUUACGCCUGGGGAGCCAACUCGUAUGGGCAGUUGGGAACAGGCAACAAGAGUAACCAAGCUCUGCCCACCCAAAUAAACACAGACAAGGAGAGGAUGGUGGAGGUGGCUGCAUGUCACACCAGCCACACGUCAGCUGCCAAGACCCAGAGCGGACAGGUUCUGAUGUGGGGUCAGUGUCGUGGUCAGGCUGUGGCCAGCCCUCACCUCACUCACUUCAGCAGCACAGAUGACGUGUUUGCCUGCUUCGCCACGCCAGCAGUCACAUGGCACCUCCUCUCAGUAGAUGGAGAUGACUACUUGACUGUUGCCCAGUCAUUGAAGAAGGAGUUUGACAGCCCAGAGAUUUCAGACCUGAAGUUCUUGGUUGAUGGGAAGUGUAUCCAUGUUCACAAAGCCCUGCUGAAAAUCAGAUGUGAGCAUUUUCGUGCACUGCUUAAUGAAACAGAUGAGGAUGCCAUAGAAAUUCACCAGUUCUCAUACCUGGUGUACCGAGCCUUUCUGGAGUACCUCUACACAGACACUAUUAACCUGCCACCAGAGGAUGCUAUUGGUUUGCUAGACUUGGCCACCUACUACCGGGAGACAAGGCUCAAGAGGUUGUGCCAGGAAACAAUCAAGAGAGGCAUUUCUGAGGAGAACGCCAUCACUCUCCUUUCUGCUGCUGUCAAGUAUGAAGCGCGGGACCUGGAGGAGUUCUGCUUCAAGUUUUGUGUCAACCACCUAACAGCUGUCACGCAGACCCAGGCCUUUGCAGACAUGGACCACGACCUGCUCAAGAACUUCAUUAGUAAAGCCAGCCGCUAUGGGGCCUUCAAAAACUGACUAGAACGCCCCUGUAGUGAUGGAUUCAACUCGAUCAGGUCUCAGUUCACUGAGGUCCUGAGAGUCGACCUCAGACCAAAGUAAACACACGGCUGAUCAGCACUUCAAAGCCCUUGUCGCUGGAGAUGUUAACACUGGAGAGGCGAAUGGUUUAAAGUUUCACCCUCUAACUGAUGCCUCUGUGUUACUGCUCUAAACCGAGCCCACACACUAGUUGCUUGGGGCGUAAAUAUUGGGUUACACCACUCGGGUCAGUCGCAAGCAGAUAGAGAGAUAAACUACAGUGGUCAUCACUCUGUGGUCUUUAUGUUACUGACAAUAGCCUUGGCUGAUUCGGUGUCUGAUUUGUUUGAUCAAGCUAAGACAGAUGUCUCACUGUUACAACCAGCUUAGACAGGACACCUGGAAAUGCUGUGUGCUAAACAUAAUUCAUUGUAAUAUAAGGCGCUGAGGAAUAUGCAAUUUUAUUUUUAUCACACUGUCCUUUAUCAGUUUGUAAAACAAAUUAUCAAUCUAUGUAUCGUACUGUAGCCAGGAACUGACCCUUCACAUUGUGCUGCUUUUCUCUGAAGCCUUGAUUCUCAAACUAUCUGGAUUGAGAAAUACUAUUUAAUGAAGAAAAACAUACUUUAGUUUUAGCAAUUUAGCUUUGACACCUUUUUUAUGAACUAUAGUUUGUAUCUCAUUAAUGAUAAUAUAUAAUAUCUGUUUUCUUGCAUAAGGCAAUAUAACCUUUUGCUGCUUUAUGUUAUGUUGUAGCUAUUCACCUUUGCCAUCCAUACCUAA